GGAACCUUCCAGAAGUGGGCAUCUGUGGUGGUGCCUCUAGGGAAUGAGCAAAAGUACACAUGCCAUGUGUACCAUGAGGGGCUGCCUGAGCCCCUCACCCUGAGAUGGGAGCCUCCUCCAUCCAUUGGCUCCAAUGUGGUAAUCAUUGUUGUUCUGGUUGUCCUUGGAGCUGUGGCCAUCAUUGGAUCUGUGGUGGCUUUUAUGAUGAAGAGGAGGAGAAACACAGGUGGACAAGGAGGGGACUAUGCGCCUGCUCCAGCAUGAAGACAGCUGCCAGGAGUGGACUGAGUGACAGACGAUGUGUUCAGGUCUCUCCUGUGACAUCCAGAGCCCUCCAUUUUCUUUAGACAACAUUGUCCGAUGCUCCUGGUGAGCCUAUGAACUCAAUGUGAGGAACUGUGGAGCCCAGCCUACCCUGCACACCUGGACCUUGUCCCUACACUGCCCUGUGUUCCCUUCUACAGCCAACCUUGCUGGUCCAGCCAAACACUGGGGGACACCUGCAUCCUGUCAGCUCCAUGCUGCCCUGAGCUCCAGCUCCUCACUUCCACACUAAGAGUAAGACUCUGACUGGGACCAUGAUGGUUAACCUCUUGACCUGAGGGUUG